AUGGGCAACUUUGACUGGGUGGUUAUGGCGAUCCCAGCAUUCAUCGCUACUUUCAUUAGCAGAUGCCUCUUUACGUUGAUGGUAGAAUCUCUGAACUCCGUUGCCGAACGAUUAUGGGGCCGUGCAUAUUUAAGGAGGAUACCAGAGUGGAUGGUCUCGAAACGACUCAAUGAGGUUGUAUGCAACUUGCAGUCGUCUUUCGUCAGCAUUAUCAUCUUAUUUCAAAGCAUCGGGUGGCUUAUCCAUCAAUCACGGCUCUGGUUAGCAUCACGACAUCAAACCUCACAGCCUAGUUGUCAGGUCUGCAAUGAUCUCACCCGAGACUACUGGGACGGUCUCUCGCGGCGUCCUGAGAUACGUUACUCUGAUCUUCCGAUUACUGCCGUCCAUCGUUUUUGUUCGCCCACAGAUACUUUGAGUCCGCGCUUCGUUCAUUUGAAGCGACCAAGUCCAGGAGAUGAGACUGUUUUGUAUUGGGACAAAAGCAAAAAGUCCAUUCAAGUCGAAUUGAAGGGCCCGAGACCUGCUAGGCUUCGUUUAGCAUUUUACUGUCACAACAAAGGUCCGGAUAUCCCGCUCAUUUCCUCCCCGAAAGCAAUAGCCAACGAUACAAGGUCCGAGGCCGCCAUGCAUCGAGUAUUCUCGUGGAUCAGGGCAUGCACAACGGAACAUGAACACUGCAACAAAAAUGAGCCCAAGCCCUUGCCAGAUCGAGUGCUUGAUCUUGGGGAGUCGCAAGACUCUCCAAUACGGCUGACUAAAACGAACAAUGAACUGGGAUACUACGCAUGCUUGAGCCACCAUUGGGGCAAACCCCAGCCUUUACGAACUCUUACUGCGAACAAGGAGGCUUUUAUGGCUGGGAUCCCGAUGACCAUGCUGCCGAAAACGUUCAGAGACGCCGUUGUGGCCUGUCGCCGGCUCAAUAUACGCUACUUUUGGAUCGACUCCCUCUGCAUUGUGCAGGACUCUACUCAAGAGUGGCAAAUACAGUCCUCCAAAAUGGCAACCAUUUAUGAAAAUGCAUUUCUCACCAUCGCAGCGACCCACGCGAAGGGACAGGAGGAAGGUCUUCACACGGAUCAAGAGAGGCACACCCACCUGGAAUGCAUUCCCGCUUCUGAGAUAGGUCAUGGUAUUUCUGACGACAUCUACGUGCGAUCAGAACAUGACCCAAAAGGUACGAUUCAGCACUGGGGCAACUCGAAAUCUGGCCAAGCCGACAAGGAAUGGCCGCUCCUCACCCGGGCCUGGCUUGUUUGGGAGUGCCGCACGGGGAUUUUCUGCGAUUGCGGCAUGCGGUCCCCCAAUGUUGAAAGUGAGACGCGCGACCUGGAGUUCCGAAGGCUGGUCAGUAGUCAAUCCAUCAUGGCGAAGGAUGUGACCCCGGCGCAAUUACGGGCGCUAUGGUACGACAUCGUUCAGCGAUACUCGCGUGUGAUGGGAAAUCUCACAAAGCAGAGUGAUGCGUUCCCUGCCCUUUCCGGCCUUGCAUCUCGGAUUUCUGGACUUCUUGGGGAUGAUUAUGUCGCUGGUUUAUGGCGUGGAAACAUGGUCGAGGGGUUGCUGUGGGCGUAUUGCAUCAACGAUGAAAGCUGGUCAUGGGCCUCUAUGACCAGUGCAAUCUCGUAUCAACAUAUAUCGGGAAUCGGGAGGCGGGGCGAGCUGCAGGAGAUAUACGCCAGUGUGGUUAAAGUCGAAUGCACCUUAGCCGGCUCUCACCAAACUGGAAGCAUCUCUUCAGCAGCUCUGACUCUCCGUGGAUGGAUCACUUAUACAACAAUUAGAAUUAAGCCUAGGCCGUGGGGCAUGGGGUGGAACAUUGCGGAAACGGAGUUUGGGCCGCACGGCACACUUGGGAAGGACGACGAAUCUGCGUUGUCUCUUUUCCUCGACCACCCGGAAGAAGUUACGGAUGGAGAAAAGGCAAUAUGCCUAAGGCUCGCUAAAAUUGGUAACGAAGAGUGGUAUUUAGUACUGGUCAGGGAAUCUCCGACUUCUGAAUCCUUCAAAAGAAUCGGAUUGUAUCGGAGCGACUUUACAAGGUGGCAGUGGACGUCGCCCUCAAGUUGGCGCCGUCGGGCGGAGCAGAGGCAAGACGAAGAGAAGUGGGUGCUGAGGAUUGUAUGA